AUGGAUUCUGCAUCGGUAGCGUUACAAACACUACUUGGCUGCCUGCGAGAGCAUGGCGCUCUACUUACUCGCGCCGAUGUCGAAUGGGCGUUUAAUUCCGAAAAGAACGUGAAGCAGAUCGAGGGGUUUAUUCGGCGGUUUUUGGGGAAGGAUACGUUGUUGAGUUUGGAAGAAAAGGAAAUAUAUGAUGGCCUUAAAUCUACGGAUUUGUUGUCAUCUACUGUCCCCCCCUUAAGUUCGAGAGCCGCAGACGGUGGGGAGGUUGAGAAAGAGCUUAGAGCCUUAGAAUUCCAGAAUGAGGUUCUUAGACGGGAUAUUAGCCGUCUGAGUGAGCUUAAGUCUGGACAUCAAGCGAAAUUAAAGACCGAGGCGGCAUACCAAACAGAUUUACUUCAGAGUAGAGAACAUCUUCAACGUUCCUAUGCAUCUGAGAGAGAUCAAAAUGCUGCUGCUAUAGACGAUCUAGAAUCCAAUUUCCGCGCUAGUAUCUCAGACCUUCAAGGCGCAUCCGGGAAACUCGAUUUCACGAUGUCUGCUAUGUCAGAGAUCACGCGUAAUGACGAUAGGUUACUCGCUAGGUUGCAAAGUAUUAUCUCUGAUAUCCUCCUCGCUAGUGAGAGGAGUGGCGAUGAGGUGAUGUCUACUGCGACGGAGUAUGCGGAGAUGCUGGCUACGCUUGAAGAGCAGAUUAUAAAAACUAGGGUUGAUAGAACUUUUUUGGAUUAUGUGGCUUCUUACUCCGAAGGGAAACAGAAUGAGAUGGAAGGGGCGCCAUAUAUUGAUCGUGAAGAGUUUGAUGAAUUGAUCGUGGAGGUAGCAGAGGUGGCGGGGAUGAGAGCUAAGGAAGGGCUGUUGGAGCCGAUUUUGGAACAUUUGGUUGCGGAGGGGAAGGGUAGAAAGGGUAGUAUGGCGGUUCGGUGCGCCUAUAUCUUGAAUACAUUAUCUAUUCUGGAUGCGAGGAAUAGAGAAGCUGAAGCAGAGAUUUCAGUUAGGAAUAACAUGCAGUACGUAUCCGGACGGAUGCAAACACUAUUCGAACUAUCGAUGAGAGAUUUCCACGAAGCAGUACAAGCCUAUCAUCGAAAUAUUUCAUCUCAAGCAAAGACAUUACCACUACCCCAACCGCAGCAACCAUCGGCCAUGGACGAAAAACUAGCAUACUUGGAAAGCAAGAUAUGGAGGUCUAUGGGUAUCGCUUCGCUAAAUCCUGAGGAAGGGUUGGCGAAGGCGAUCGAAGGACGCACGACGAAGUUACAGUCGAAAGAGGACCUGUAUAAGCAGCUUUGGGAGGCACAUUUGAAAUAUCUGCAAGAAGGGGAGGGAGUUGUGAGCGGUCUUGGGAACUGUGUGGGUGAAGGGGAAGGUGCCGGUGGUGGAAGGUUGGGGGCGGUUGAAGAUAGGGUGAAGGGUAUUAGUGCUGAAGUUGGACAGAUUGCGAUGAAGGCUAACGGGAGGGAUAUGGCAAAGGCGGCAGUUAUAAAUGGGUUAAAAGAAAAGGAAAUGUAUGGGGCUUGA